UGUGGGAAGUUGAAGGGAAGCGGUCAUAAUCGGCAUAUCAGCGCAGGUUGUCAGUCAGCCUGAUACAAGGGAGGGGAACACUACCGUCGCGGAGCGGAAAUAGAACUGGAUGACCAUCGCAGCCUGGCAAAAGUUUCAACAUUGAUCAAUACUGAUCACAGGAAGUGCUGUGUAAUCCAAGACGGAACAACGCAAAUCACCCUGGAUUCACGAAUGCUCAAAGCAACCCUUUUAAAUCUGAAAAUGAUGACUACCCAUUGCAAGUCGGUCAACGUCAAUUCUAUGUUGUGUAAAUUAAGACUUUGCAACGUCAAUUCUGUGCUCAUGUAAAUUAAGACUACCCAAUGCAAGUUAGUCAACGUCAAUUCUAUGUUCAUGUAAAUUAAGACUGGGCAACGUCAAUUCUAUGUUCAUGUAAAUUAAGACUGGGCAAUGUCAAUUCUGUGUUCAUGUAAAUUAAGACUGGGCAAUGUCAAUUCUAUGUUCAUGUAAAUUAAGACUGGGCAAGGUCAAUUCUGUGUUCAUGUAAAUUAAGACUACCCAAUGCAAUUUGGUCAGCUCAAACCCUGUUUAAAUCGACUUCUCAACCCAAAGCCUAUUUAUGUCAAGACUUUAAACGAAAGCCCGGUUUAUAUCAAGAUUGGUCAAAGCUUUCCAAGGCUGAUCAACACGAAUCCCGCUGAAACGUAACGCGACACAAUGACAGCUGUUCGUUGCCUGUUCCUCUGCACGCGCAGGGUGCCCCGCCCCCUGGCGGCAAUGGCGGCGGUGGGGAUGAUAACACUAACAGUAUACUGUUGUACAACAGGCCACAAAGUCCAUCGGAAGUCAACUAGUGAUGAUGUAGCCAGAACGUCACAGAUACUGCACGGCAACGUGGUUGAUAGCGGCGCAUCCGUUUAUGCAGCGCGGCGACGUCGUCUGCAACAAGUGUGUGAGGGCAAUAACGGAACGGGGCGGACGGAAAACAUCCUCGUCUACCGCAACAUGUCCUACGGUGUGGUACCUAAGGCCGGCUGCACGUUUUGGAUCCGCGUGUUCCGGUUCCUCCACAACGAUACCAGGGGGCGCAACCUUGACAACCCAUUCCAGAUGACGAGGUAUGAAGCCCAUGGUGGUCCCAGGAAGAUCAAGAUGUACAGACUUCAGAAAGAGGAGGACAAGCGUGUUGUCAUGGCAACAACACGUUUCAUGGUUGCGAGAAACCCAUUUACGCGAUUGUUCUCGGCUUACAUCGACAAGCUGUAUCUUCCUGACUACUGGUCCAGCGCCGGGAAGACCAUCGUCUCCCGCCGAGAGAAUGCAUCUUCUCGUAGUCUGAGUUGUGGACACGAUGUUUCUUUCACUGAAUUCCUUGGGCAUGUUGUGGAUGUCGGUGAACGUAAUGCGGUCUCUCUGAACGGACACUGGCGUCCGAUAGAGCACGCCUGUAACCCAUGCGCAUUCAAACCAGACAUAGUGGCCACACAGGAGACGUUCUCGCGAGAUUCACGCUUCAUACUGGAGAGAUUCGGACUUGGACAUCUAUUACAGAACCAUUCUCGCAUAGAUCACGUGCUGGACGAGUUGACAAUACUAACCGACUGGAACUAUCGUCCUCAUGACAUGUGCCUGACCCGGAAGCAGUUAGCAGCAAGGUUGUGGAGAACGUUUCAGAUCAAUGGCUACCUAACUCCUGGCUCGGAAGAACUUUUAGAAGCUGAGUCUUCAGAGAAUCUGACAAAGGACAAACUGAAGCAGCUUAUGUUCCGUUCCUAUCGGGAUUCCAUUUUGACAAAACAGGAGUCUUCCUCACAGAGGCGAUCCUACCUUAGACGGGCCUACGCCUCAGUACCACGGGGUAUACUUGACAGAGUGGUCCAACUAUUCAGAAAUGACUUCUUAUACUUCGACUACGACAGCUCUGUAGACACUCUUCUACAUAUGUGAUAAUGACUAUAUAAACUGCCAUGAUAGCGAAAAUGUAUUUGUGUUAUUGUUAUUAAAAACUAUUCU